CUCGUUUUCAGUUACCGGUACCAUGUGAUAUUUCCCCCAUAUUAAGAUUUUGGAAAUAUGGCUUCUGAACAGGAAGAUCUAAAUGAGAUGAAUGUGGAAGGAGGUGAAGAAGAGGGUGCUACUUCCCCAGAACUUGGUGAAGAUUUGUCGUCUGAUGCAUUAAUAAAACAUCCAUUACAGAACAGAUGGGCCUUGUGGUUCUAUAAAAAUGACAAAACCAAAAAUUGGGCAGAUAAUUUACGCAAAGUUAUAGCAUUUGACACAGUAGAAGAUUUCUGGGCAUUAUAUAACCACAUACAGAAAGCCAGUAAACUGAUGUCAGGCUGUGACUAUGCAUUAUUUAAGGAUGGUAUAGAGCCCAUGUGGGAAGACGCACAGAAUAAACGAGGUGGACGAUGGAUGAUAAAUUUAAAUAAACAACAAAGACAUUCAGAUUUAGACAGAUUCUGGUUAGAAAUGUUAUUAUGUUUAGUGGGUGAGGCGUUUGAUGAUUUUAGUGAUGAUAUUUGUGGUGCUGUAGUUAAUAUAAGGAACAAGGGCGAUAAGUUAGGAUUAUGGACGAAAGAUUCAACCCGUGGUGAAGCUAAUGUAGAAAUAGGAAAAAAAUUAAAAGAAAGAUUAAAUAUACCAACCAAAAUAUCUAUAGGUUUCCAGGUUCACGAUGAUACAAUCUCAAAAUCAGGCUCUACAACAAAGAAUCGUUAUCAGGUCUAACAGAGAGGGCAGCACCAGUCUUUACCGUACUGGUGUCAAACAUCUCGUGUGUGAAUGAUAAACUUUGAACUAACUGUUUUUUGUGUGGAUGCCAGAAGGAAAUGUUCAAAUAUGUUUUUUUCUCGAGAUAGUUGACUUGUUGUUACCUCUUGUUACAAGCUUUUUGGUUGGACAAGCUCAGGGUUGGAGUGAACAUUUUCAUCAAAUAUUCUUUCGACAUAAAUUCCUUCAUUGAUAUUGAAACAAGUUAGUAAGGUAUUUGUAAAUGGCCGCCGUCACUUCUGUAAAGAAUUUGUAGUUGCAGAUCAUUGAUUAAAAUGUUAAUCGGUUAUGUAAAAACUAAGACGUGGGUCAUUAAAUACAAAUUUUUUUAAACAAUAUUUUUUUUUUUUUUUAAAUCUUAUCAUGAAUUGACUUUCAAAUUUGAGAAACUAUAUUAGGUUGAGUAAAAAUAAAAUGAAAGAUUUAUGACACCAGCAAUGGAUGAUAUUUCCUUUCUGUUGGUCAUUCAGUUAACAUCUGAAAUACAUAUGUAAGAAAAGCGGAUUUAGACCGCUGAUGACAGAAAAAUAAUUUGUCAUACCUUGUUUAGAGAAAAAAGCAAGCAUCUGAAAUUUUGAAUUUUAUGAAUAACAGGUUUUAGACAAUAGUACGUUGUCGACCUUCGUCUCAUUUUUAAUUUUGAGUGGUUUUCAGUUCAAGAAAUUUUUGUUGAAAGAAUGUUUGAUUAAAUGUUAGUCCUGCCUUGUGUUAAUAUAUUUGUGUCUGGACGAAUGUGUCUGAAGUUUCCUUCAUCCAGUGCAUUACAGUGACUUGAUGCUAGAUCUAAGAAUAGCAAUACUUAAAUAAUGAUUGCUAAUUAUAUUUAUAAAAAAUGAUUUUAAAGGCAGAAUACGUACCUGCAUGAUCCUGAAAGAAGCCUUAUUGAGAUAUAGUAAAAUAUUGACGAUCGAAAGUUGUACAGAUUGUCUCAAGAUACGAAACUUUCUGUAAAUAUCUACGCAGCCGUUAUUAAUGAUUAAAUGGUUGCCGUCGACUACCAUGUACAUUUGUAUGAUUGUAAAGUUUUUAGUGCUUAAAUUAUCGUAAUUUGUACCUUUAAUAUUAAAAGAAAUUUAACAUUUGUUCAUCUUCCCUCCGUUCACUGUAUGUCGUUCACAAUCCUUUUUGUUCCGCGAAGUGUUGAUUUUAUUGCAUCUGGUGUGUUAAUUCAAAAUGAAUAUCUUUUGUUUCUUGAAAUGCCAGAAAACUUUGCUGACUGAAAUUAUGACUCUCUCUCUCUCUCUUUCCCUCUAUCUCUUUCUCUCUCUCAAUAAUAAUAAGUAUGGACUAAAUUUAAAGUAGUUUAAGCCCCAAAGCUAUUGGGGGAAGCAUUUUUGCUGAUCAAAUUACUGUCUGAUAAAAAAAAAACCAGUGGGUCACUUUGAGAUGUAAAGAUUGCAAGACAAUAAGUGAAUGUUUUCUGUAUUUCACAUUUUUAACGCACAAAUUAGUGUUUUCUUACUAUCACUUUAAUAUUUCAAUUCCUGGUUUUACGUGACAAGGAGUAGAGUCACCUGUCUAACCCUGUGGGUUUUCUCUGUGUCCUCUGAUUCCUGCUCACUGCUAAAGACCCCUACUCGCAAGCGAAUUUUUGAAAUAAAAUUGAAACAUAUGUUAGUCCCAUAAUGACCUAGUUUGUGUUGAGUGGAUGUUAAACCCAAUGUCUCUUCGCUCUCUCUCUCUCUCUCUCUCUCUCUCUCAUAUGGAUUAUGUAAGAAUUAGAUAACAUUUAAAGCCAGAAAAAAGACGUGCAUAAUGCAUCUUUAAUUUCUCGAAAUAACACACCAGCUGAACCAAAUUCAUUUUAUCCGGAAUCGAGAGAUUCUAUUCCUUAAUCGGUGACCAUAAAACUCGGCUUUAGAUUUGUCGCUAAAAGUUAUUUCAUACCCUACAAAAAAUGUUGUCAAAUUAUAUAUUUUUAUCCGAUGAAGUUAGUUAGUUCCUAGACCCAAAGACCUGUUAAAUUGUUGUUUGACUUGACGUUGAUUUUGUGAAAAUAAUCGUUUUGUUUCUCCAUGAAUUAAAAUUCAUGUUUCAAGUUAAGUUUGGAUUAGUUAAAAACUAAAAAAAAAUCUAAAAAGUAAUUGUAAGCCAUAUUGUUUAUUUGUUUCGGAAUGUUAUAUUUAUUAGGAUUAUUUAUGGUUGGUGUAAAAUGGCUUCAAUGUUGUUUAGUUACCUCCCCUGACUCUGGAAGCCACCAUUUUGGCUCGGAGUAAAGCACUUUUACCCAUGAUCUUUUAGGGGCAUUUAGUAACUGGAUAGAGCAAUAAACUAUAACACAUACUUAUGGAAGAACAAUGACUGAUUUAAUUAGGCAACACUUCGAGGAGUAUUCUCUCACCGUUUUCAAGAAGUACAGUAACAAAUGUGUAGGGCAAUUAUGUUGUUUGAUCAUGUUUUUUCAUACCUUUGAUCUUGUUGUUGUCAUGCAUGGUUUCUCAUAUGUAAUUGCCCUAAACAUUUCUUACUGAUUUACCUGCUUGAAAACGUUGAGAGAAUACUCUUCGAAACGUCGUCCAAAUAAAUCAGGAAUUGUUCUUCCAUAAGUAUGUGUUAUAGUUUGUUUUUACCCACUAACCAGGAGAUCAUGUGUUCUAUCCCAGUGAUGGUAGUCUGGAUUUUCCAGAUUUGUUUCCUUAUCAGUAUUGCAUGGUUGAGUGGUCAAAUGUGUGUUCUUAAAGCAGUGGAGGGGGGUUGGAUGGCCGAAUGGUUAGCACGUGCGUGCUGUAUCAUACAGUCCGUCAUCGAGUCAACUGGCGAGGUUUCGAUUCCCCAGUUGUACGUUACAAGGAGUAGGGUCGCCUGUCUAACCUCGUGGGUCCUCCUGUUUCCUUCCACUGCUAAAGACCCCUACGCGCAAGCGAAUUAUUAAAAUAAAAUUGAACCAUGUCUUAAUCCCGAAAUGACCUAGUUUGUGUCGAGUGGACGUUAAACCCCAUUUCUCUCUCGUUCUCUUAAAACAGUGGGCCGAUCAGCAAGGAAUAGCAGCAGAAUGAGUGUCAAUUCACCAGUCGAUUGCAUCACCUUUCACGUCACAUGGCAGUGACUAUGUCUUUAAACAUUCACGUGACUUCUCGAUAUGAGUGUUGAUUGGCUAAUGAAUUCUACAAUCGGGUGAAUGCUUCAGCGAAGCGGCCACACGCAGCUAGUGUGUCCUUCGCUUUAGAGUCUGUCAGUCAUAUGGUGUGCUUUUCAGUAAGGUCACUUUUUCGACCUUGUGUGCUUUCUCUGGGUCCACUGCUAAAAACACCUAUGCACAAGUGCUUUACUGAAAUGAAAUUGAUCUCAGUUUUAGUCCGGAAAUGGCCAUUAUGUCGAGUGGACAUUAAACCAGAUUUCUCAUUUUUUUCCUGUUAUUGCGAGACGAAGGGCCUGACAGGAACAUGUUUUGUUGUUGAACCAGGGUCUUAAUCAGAGAUCUAGUGUACAAAGUAGUAGCACCACUGCCUGGUCAAAGUUUUCCUCAUAGCACACUGCAUGGGCCUGACCGGAACAUGUUUUGUUGUUGGACCAGUGUCUUAAUCAGUGAUCUAGUGUACAAUGCAGUAGCGCCACUGCCUGGUCAACAUUUUCCUCAUAGCACACUGCACUGCUAUGCCCUGCAUGGCGUAUGCCCUAUCUUCAUGACUCUUGGGGAUUUGCCCAGUUAGUGCCGAAUAGUAAGACAUUAAGUAGCACUUCGUUAUUUCAUUUCCUAACUCUGGAAUAAUAUUGAUCCACAGUUUACAAGAUGGCCGCGGAACUCAAAAAGCAUUUUACACCAACUGAGUUUAUUUAUCACUUUCAGUAAAUAUUAAAAUGUAAUAAAUUUGUCUGAUUAAAAUUA